AUGUCUGGCACCACGGUCCACGUCAAGGGCAUUAGCUCCCAAACCAGCGAGAAGGAGGUCCGCGAUUUCUUCAGCUUCUGCGGCAAGAUCCAAUCCCUCUCCGUCACCCCCGAGUCAAGCGACUCUGGCGCCACACAGUCAGCUGCAGUGACUUUCGAGAAGGAGACCGCAGCUAAGACCGCUCUUCUGCUCGACAACACCCAGCUCGGCCCAGCCCAGGUCCAUGUCUCCUCCGCCCAGAACCUCGACCAGAUCGCCGGCGGCAAGACUGCUGGCUCCGCCGAUGAGCCAAGCAAGGAGGACAUUGCUCAAGAGGACAAGCCGCGUGCCCGUGUGGCCGCAGAGAUGUUGGCACAUGGCUACGUCCUGAGCGACCAGGCCAUCCAGCGUGCUCUCGCCCUCGACCAGCAGCACGGCAUCAGCUCCCGCUUCCAGACCGCCCUCACCCAGUUCGACCAGAAGUUCAAGGUCACCGAGCGUGCCCAGCAGGCCGACAAGAGCUACGGUGUCUCUGCACGCGCCGAUGCAGGCUGGAGAGGUCUCAACUCAUACUUCGAGAAGGCUCUCGGCACCCCGACUGGCCAGAGAGUGCGUGCGUUCUACGAGCAGGGUCAGAAGCAGGUCUUGGAUGUCCACAACGAGGCGAAGCACCUUGCGGCUCUCAGACAGGGCAAGGAUGGCAAGCCAGAGCCAGUGUCAGGCAGCAGCGACCGCACGCAGUGCAAGUGCCAGGCUGAUGCUGGUGUGUGCCAGUGUGCUCCAGGCCAGUGUGCAUGCUCAAGCUGCUCCAAGAACCCGGAGUCGAAGGUUCCUGUCUCUGCCGAGGCCGCUGAGCUCGAGAAGGUCCAGGUUGACGGCAAGGAGAAGACCAAGUGCAACUGCGGCGGCGCCGACUCGAAGUGUGCUUGCGCUCCAGGCGAGUGCGCUUGUUCCAGCUGCCCAAAGGCUUCCUAG